AUGUCGCAUGCCGUGGACCUUAAUGACCCGGCAUGCAGUCUCCUCACAGGUCAGGUCGCUUCCGCUCCCCAUCAUUCGGCUGCUCCUGCUGCCACUGUCGUCGUUCCUGGAUUCACCUCUUCAGCCGCUGGCGUUGGGCCGGGCUUCCCUGCUCUUCUUUCCACUUCGCACCACUUCCGAGUCCCUGGUUCUGGACAGCCUUUGUACUACCAACAUCAGUUUAAUCAACCACCACAGCAGCUUUUACCCCAGCCAUGCCCUCCACUUCCAUCAUCUCCAUUGCUGUCUCCAAAUUUGCCUUCUCAUCAACACCAACAUAUGAUACAGCACCAGCAUCAGCAGCGAUCUCCCGUAGAGCGAAGCAAUCGUCUCGGCUCGUUUCCUCCGAGGCCGUUCUCUCAUCCGGCUAGUCUAGAUCCUGCUGACGAAAUGGAGUCUAAGGAGCCAGACGAACUUGGUGAUAAAACUCCAAAUGGUCUACAGAGGCGGGCCUUUUCCACUGGCUCUAAUCAAUCAAGUCUACUUGCGUAUAGCAAAGCCAGAUCGCCAAGCCCAACUCAUUUAGAACCGAACCCGUCUAUUCUAGAGCCGAGUAUAGGUCGAGCAGGAUUUCCAACCGCCUCGCAGAAACCUGCAUGCCCUCGACCUUCUAGCACACCUCUAUUCUCUCACAGCCCUGUCUCCUCCGUCGACGGACAGUUGUCGCAAGUUAAAGGCUCCCAGCGACAUGGCAACGGAACUAUGCUCACAUCCAGCCCUUUUCGUAGUGACCCCUCGGGCGCCAAUGGCACCCCAGUAAACCUCUUAGGGCAGCUGUUUCCUACUUCUAUAAGUCCAAGCUCGUCUUCCACUUCAUCGACUCCAACUCGAGCUUCUCGAGGGGCCGGUGAAGACGGUGGUGCCCCUGGAUGCCCAGGACUUUCUUCGAGCCUUGAGGCUAUGAAUGCAACUUCUGGAUUUGAACUGUCGAGCGAUGCCUCUACAUUGGUGAUGGCCAACACUUCAAUGAAGGAAAAUGAAUUUGAGAAUGAGGAAGAAAGUGGUAAGGAUGGCGACACUGAAACAUUAGAGAUGCAAAGAGGCUUGCAUGAUGCUAUAAGGAUUACAUGCAAGCGGCGCCGAAAAGAGACGAUGAGUCUAGAUACGGCUAUCUCUCCGGUUGAUCGUAUUGGGAUAGGAGCAUCUCCAAUUGGACUUCCCGUCGAAGUAACUUCAUCCGGUUUAUCCAAACGGCCAAACACCUCAUUAAUCUCUUCCUCUUCCUCCGGAAUCGGAGUCAGCCCUGGUAUUCUUCCCAGCGUACAAGCCCUUUCUACCGGUCCAACUGAGGGUGUUAUGAGGCCAGGCUCUGUGCCCGUAUUCGCAUCUCCGGAUUCUCCUGCAUUAGGGUGA